UCAGGUUUGGAAUGAGCGUCAUAGGAUUAAUAUCUGGAUUUGACUUCUCAUCUAGCAAAGCUCCUGUUUAUAAAACUACCCGUUAACCCUAGCCAGCUAAACGUGGUGCGAACCAACUGUAGCUUCAUAGCUAGUAGGUGCUUUUAGCAACGCGGAUGUAUUUACAUACACUAGCAUAGCCCUUGAUCAUGCCCUUCCAUUAAAUGACACAUAAAUCAUUGGACGUAGGGGGAGUUUUGUCUAAACAUUAAUGCACAUCGCUUGCUGUAAGUCGCUCUGGAUAAGAGCGUCUGCUAAAUGACUUAAAUGUAAAUGUUUUGGAAGCAUAAGGACCUUUCAUAUCGGUGAUUAAAUAUAUAUAUUUUUAAAACGUGGAUAAAUUGAUGCUCAGCUGGUUUGGGUUCCUACGCGGUCAUAUUUCCAUUUUACAGAGCUUGUUCACAGAAAACAUACGGAAGAGUGGACUACCUGUACUAAUUAGCUAUCUGCGUCUCUGAACACCUGUGUGUAAACGGAAGACAGACGCAACAAACGUGUUGUCACAGAAAAGUACUGUCUGCUGCACCAGUGUUGAAACAGUGCAGCGCAGUAGGUUGGUGGCACCUGAAUUGGGGAGGACGGGCUCGUGGUAAUGGGUGGUGUGGAAUAUUAUCAAAUACGUCAAACUUGUUUGAUGCCAUUCACUCCGUUUCACACAUGAUUAUGAGCCGUCCUCCUCUCAGCAGCCUCCACUGCUGAGUAUCAUCAUGUCCAGGGUGCCGAUGGGCAAGGUGCUGCUGCGAAAUGUUAUUCGUCACACAGAUGCCCACAACAAGAUCCAGGAGGAGUUGGAGAUGUGGAAGUUGAGGGGGAUGGAGAAGGGGCCAUCCACCAGCCACAGAUCGAUGCCACCAGCCUUAACUCCAUCCAGGAGUCACAUGCACUGUGAUCGUGUGGAGGAUGGGUCUGUAGACAGACUGGGAGACCGGCUGCGGAGAAGAGAACACGAUUCCAGCCAGGACAAGAGGGAGGCACGCUACUGGACCAAGAAACUCUAUGACUUUGAGGCCAAUGAUCCAGACAGAUGGGGACACAGCGGUUUUAAGGAGCUAUACCCAGAGGAGUUUAAAAGUGACUGGGAAAGAGACCGUGGUAAUGAUCAGAAUGGGCAUUGGAGAAAGAAAAAGUACAGACUUAAAACAGCCAAAUCAAAACAUCUGAAGAAGUCCUCCAAGAAGAAGAAGAAAGAGGAAAAGCGAAGGACAGGUGAGUCAGACGGUGAGUCCAGCAGCGACAAGAGCGACAGUGUCAAACCGAAACAGAAGAGGAAAAGCAGCCAGAGGAAACAUAAGAGGGAGAGAGAAGAGGAGAGCAGCUCAGAGGAUGAUGAGAAGGAGGAAAUGAUAGAUGGACUCCACAGAGACUCAGGACCAGAGUCACACAAGAAGAGGAGGAAAAGCAGGAGAGGACAAAUUGGAGGACAGUUCUGAGGAUUGAACCUUUUUCCAUUGGCAGCCAGUAACCUGUACCCUCAUACUGCUCAACCCCCUUUCAGUUGCUGAAAGUGAGUGGGCGAAGCUUUCAGUUACACCCCACUUUAGUGUCCAAUGUUUCCCACUAGAUUUGUUGUGAACACGGCAUCACCAAAGCUAGUUGCUAGACAUGUUUGUGAUUUAUCCAAUAACAAGACAACUGAGGAAUUGGCUAAAGUACAAAUACAACUUUUGAACAGACCUACUGGCAGGGGAAAGCAUAUCGCUCUUCCCUUAACAACUUUCCUCUGCAAUACUCUUCUGUGUUGUACUUCUCUUUCUGUGUACAGCUGAGCACAAACCUGUGUUCUCCCCUAAGGGCAUUCAGCAGUACCUCACCUUCUGGUGCUGCUCAAGCUGCAGUGCUCAGAUAGUGAGCUGACACUGCACAAAUAUGGACUAAACGAAAGCCACCUAAUACCACCUCAUGACAAGCUGAUUGACUGCAGAGCCUUGUCCAAUAGUUAGUGUCCUGGCUUGACUUUAGCUGUUAUACUAUGGAAAAUUAUGACAUUUUAUGCAGAUUUCCCAACCAAUUGUGACAAUCUUUUCAGCUUUUUUUUAUUCAGUAUUUAUUUAAAAAAAAAAUUGAUUUAUGGAGUUGGGAUUUAACGGAAUGUCAGGUGGGACAUUGAAAAAUAAAAUGCAUAUUUAGUUUUCUGAAAAUGUACUCUGGUUAUCACACCAUACUUUUAGACAGGAAGGAAAUAUCACAUGGAUCUGAAGUUAUGACUACAGGAUAUCUACAUGACUAUCAUUCACUAGUCUUCUCAGUAGGCCUAUAGCCUUUCUAUCUCAUGAGCUUGAGCAUGAAUUUUACUCUUCAUGCAUCCAAUUCUAUGAAAUAUUGCUUCCAUGUGCCCCUUGGGUUGAAUACGUCCAGAACUCGGUACCAUUUACCAUAUAACAUUGUAUAAAUGUUCUACAGUACUCGCUGUAGAUGUAAUGUGCAAGAAAAUGGAAUAGGUCAGCACUGAAUGAGAAUUUCUACAUCAUUUCUACGUUACUAUAUUUAACUCCUUUUAAGAGACUUGUUGAAAAAGGUGCUAUCGUCUAAAACAGGUUUGAACUUCAUAGUUGUAUUCUUACAUAGAGAGCAGGCCACUGCUAUAUGGUAUCUUCAAGUUCAUUCCUUUCUCCUUAAUGAUCAUCACGCUGUACAAGGUUAAUUUAUUAUUUAGUGGAAGGGCUAGGAGGCCUACAGGGUCUAACAUCCUGUUAUCUAUGGUGCGUUGUCUCCACCUGGUGGCUCAAUCAGUGAGGUUGGAUUUACUCAUGGCUUCUUUUGACUUCAUCAGAAUUAAUAAUUUAUUUGUGACAAAUAAAGCAAUAUUGUUUCUGA